AUGGAUAUCGACGGAGAGUUAGACAGUGGGAGUGAGGGUAAGUCAUAAGAAGGAGAAAGUGUUUGAUGUGUGUGUGUUUAUAUGUGUUUGUGCUUACCUGUUUGUUUAAUUGUCCAACAGAUGCAAAUGUCGGAUUUUGGAAAAAUGUGUUAUUCAGAAAAUAUGACGUUCUAAAGGGGAGACACACUGUACAAAAAUGAUGACAUUUACAAUUCUAAAUUAUGAGUUCAAGGAUGCAAUUACCUCAAAGGAUUAAUGUCCCACUUCAGACAUUUUUGAACUUUUCACGUUAAAAAACGAUAUUCAACGUAUCAAUACAGUAAAGUACACACACUUAAGGGUAAAAAAAUAUGUUUUGAGCAAAAUAGUGUUUUUUAGACAUACAGUGGGGAGAACAAGUAUUUGAUACACUGCCGAUUUUGCAGGUUUUCCUACUUACAAAGCAUGUAGAGGUCUGUACUUUUUUAUCAUAGGUACACUUCAACUGUGAGAGACGGAAUCUAAAACAAAAAUCCAGAAAAUCACAUUGUAUGAUUUUUAAGUAAUUAAUUUGCAUUAUAUUGCAUGACAUAAGUAUUUGAUCACCUACCAACCAGUAAGAAUUCCGGCUCUCACAGACCUGUUAGUUUUUCUUUAAGAAGCCCUCCUGUUCUCCACUCAUUACCUGUAUUAACUGCACCUGUUUGAACUCGUUACCUGUAUAAAAGACACCUGUCCACACACUCAAUCAAACAGACUCCAACCUCUCCACAAUGGCCAAGACCAGAGAGCUGUGUAAGGACAUCAGGGAUAAAAUGGUAGACCUGCACAAGGCUGGGAUGGGCUACAGGACAAUAGGCAAGCAGGUUGGUGAGAAGGCAACAACUGUUGGCGCAAUUAUUAGAAAAUGGAAGAAGUUCAAGAUGACGGUCAAUCACCCUCGGUCUGGGGCUCCAUGCAAGAUCUCACCUCGUGGGGCAUCAAUGAUCAUGAGGAAGGUGAGGGAUCAUCCCAGAACUACAUGCCAGGACCUGGUCAAUGACCUGAAGAGAGCUGGGACCAUAGUCUCAAAGAAAACCAUUAGUAACACACUACGCCGUCAUGGAUUAAAAUCCUGCAGCGCACGCAAGGUCCCCCUGCUCAAGCCAGCGCAUGUCCAGGCCCGUCUGAAGUUUGCCAAUGACCAUCUGGAUGAUCCAGAGGAGGAAUGGGAGAAGGUCAUGUGGUCUGAUGAGACAAAAAUAGAGCUUUUUGGUCUAAACUCCACUCGCCGUGUUUGGAGGAAGAAGAAGGAUGAGUACAACCCCAAGAACACCAUCCCAACCGUGAAGCAUGGAGGUGGAAACAUCAUUCUUUGGGGAUGCUUUUCUGCAAAGGGGACAGGACGACUGCACCGUAUUGAGGGGAGGAUGGAUGGGACCAUGUAUCGCGAGAUCUUGGCCAACAACCUCCUUCCCUCAGUAAGAGCAUUGAAGAUGGGUCGUGGCUGGGUCUUCCAGCAUGACAACGACCCGAAACACACAGCCAGGGCAACUAACGAGUGGCUCCGUAAGAAGCAUCUCAAGGUCCUGGAGUGGCCUAGCCAGUCUCCAGACCUGAACCCAAUAGAAAAUAUUUGGAGGGAGCUGAAAGUCCGUAUUGCCCAGCGACAGCCCCGAAACCUGAAGGAUCUCGAGAAGGUCUGUAUGGAGGAGUGGGCCAAAAUCCCUGCUGCAGUGUGUGCAAACCUGGUCAAGAACUACAGGAAACGUAUGAUCUCUGUAAUUGCAAACAAAGGUUUCUGUACCAAAUAUUAAGUUCAGCUUUUCUGAUGUAUCAAAUACUUAUGUCAUGCAAUAAAAUGCAAAUGAAUUACUUAAAAAUCAUACAAUGUGAUUUUCUGGAUUUUUGUUUUAGAUUCCGUCUCUCACAGUUGAAGUGUACCUAUGAUAAAAAAUUAUAGACCUCUACAUGCUUUGUAAGUAGGAAAACCUGCAAAAUCGGCAGUGUAUCAAAUACUUGUUCUCCCCACUGUUUUUAGCAAUUCAAGGAGUUGGUCUGAUGGUGCACUCAGAUGUCAUUGGCCUCCCCGCUUGCUUGCGGAAAAAAUAGAGGAAAAAAUGAAGAAAAAGAGGAAAGGCCUAACCCUCCCUACUUGUACCAUGUCAGAGGACACCUGGACCACCUAUUGAGAUGUGCUUUUUGUUAAGUAAAUUAGGUGAUAAAUGAUGUUCUAGGGAGGCCGGAGUGGGUCUUUUAGGAUAGGCAAUAACCAGUGAUGUAGUGGUAAAAAAAUAGGUGGGUAAACUCUAAUUUCCAGUUGCGGUGAAAAAAGUAACACUCCCUAUACAGAUGUAGGAUCUUAAUUUGAUCACCCUGUUGCAGGAGAACUUUCCUGCAAUGCAGGAGAUUUUAAACGUGUAGGGUAUUUGAGGUUUAAAAAGGCUUCUGAAGUUUGUAAUUUCCACUUAGAAAUGUCUGUCUUGAUGUUUCCUACAAAAAUGUCCAUUCAUUAAAAUCCACAUAAUAAUUCACAUUUCCUGUUGCUGCAGGAUUAUUUCCAUGCUGUAGCAAACUGGCUCAAAUUAAGAUCCUACAUCUGUACUAUCAAUGUAUUUUUCCACAAAAGGUGGGUAAACUGUUGAGCAAAUCAAAUCAAAAUCAAAUCAAAUUGUAUUUGUCACAUGCACCGAAUACAACAGAUGUAGACCUUAUCGUCAAAUGCUUACUUACAAGCCCUUAACCAACAAUGCAGAAUUUUAAAAAAGUAAGUAAGAAAAUAUUUGCAAAGAAAUAGGCUAUAUACAGGGGGUACCGUUACCGAUGUGUGGGGGUACAGGUUAGUCGAGGUAAAUGAGGUAAUAUGUACAUGUAGGUAGGGGUAAAGUGGCUAUGCAUAGAUAAUAAACAGUGAGUAGCAGCAGCGUAAAAAAGGGGGUCAAUGCAAAUAGUCUGGGUAGCCAUUUCAUUAACUGUUUAGCAGUCUUAUGGCUUGGGGGUACAAGCUGUUAAGGAGCCUUUUGGAUCUAGACUAGGGGCUCUGGUACCGCUUGCCGUGCGGUAGCAGAGAGAACAGUCUAUGACUAGGGUGGCUGGAGUCUUUGACAAUCUUUAGGGCCUUCCUCUGACACCGCCUGUUAUAGAGGUCCUGGAUGGCAGAAGGCUUGGCCCCAGUGAUAUAUUGGGCCGUACACACUACCGUCUGUAGCGCCUUGUGGUCGGAUGCCGAGCAGUUGCCAUACCAAGCGGUGAUGCAACCAGUCAGGAUGCUCUCGAUGGUGUAGCUGUAGAACUCUUUGAGGAUCUGAGGAACCAUGCCAAAUCUUUUCAGUCUCCUGAAGGGGAAUAGGCGUUGUCGUGCCCUCUUCACGACUGUCUUGCGUUAACCCUCCAUUACACCACUGGCAAUAACCAUAGGGAGGCUGGCAACCUGCCUGACUUAUAUGUUUGUUUAAUUGUUCAGGUUUAAAUGUAAUUUAUGGAUAUAUGGAGCCUUUGUCUGUCUGUUAACAUUUCUAUGAAAUAUAUAAGUGAUAAUGUGUGUGUAUCGUGUGUGUGUGAUGUGUGUGUGUUUGUGUGUGUGUGUGUGUGUGUGUGUGUGUGAUGUGUGUGUGUGUGUGUGUGUGUGUGUGUGUACAUGUGUGUCUGUGUGUCUCAGAUGAGACCAGGUGGAGAGACAGAAACAGGAAAGUCAAACUCUCUCCACGAGCCAGGGGACGGAAUGGCAAACAGGCCACCAGCGAGGAGGAAGAGGAAGAGGAGGAGGAGGCCAAGGCACAGAGGAAGAGGGCUCAUAAGAAGAAGGCCAAGGUCCAGGACAGCGAGGAAGAGGAGGAGGAGGAAGAGAAGGAGAGCGUCAAGCGGAAGGGCCCAAAGACAGCAGGCAGAAAGAAAAAGGCAGUCAAGCAGGAGAGUGAGGAGGAAGAACGAGGGAAGAAAAAGAAAGGUGGAAAAGGGACUAGCAAGAACCAGAAAGAAGGGCAGAACAAGGAGAAGAAGGGCGAUGCCAAAGGGAACGAGAAAGACAAGAAAAAGAAGAACUCAAGGUACAGCAGGUGCAGUAUCCUUUGAGAGGGCCAUCUCUCUCACAUAUCUCCACGCUCCACACACCCUCAUGUAUGAAGGAGGAGUCUGACAGACUCUGUUGGGAUAUGCCCCUUCAUUGUAUUGAUUAAUUAGUUCAGGGAGUUGAGUCAUGAAAUUGGGUCAUAGGGUUGCGCACAAGUAUUCAUUCCAGGGUUUUUCUUUAUUUUUUACAAUUUUCUACAUUGUAGAAUAAUAGUGAAGACAUCAGAACUAUGAAAUAACACAUAUGGAAUCAUAUAGUAAACAAAAAAGUGUUAAACAAAUCAAAAUAUAUUUUAUAUUCUUCAAAGUAGCCAUCCUUUGCCUUGAUGACAGCUUUGCACAGUCUUGCGCUCUCUCAACCAACUUCACCUGGAAUGCUUUUUUGUUGCUGUUUUAAAGCUAAUUCCCUGCAAUUUUAAACAUGUUGCCAUGGGGCAGAGAGAAAAAAGUGCAGUUUUAUUGCUAUCAUGCUAUUCUAUACUUUUUGCAAUGAGGCUGAGAGAAAAUGUUGCUGUUUUAAAGUUAAUUCCCUGCAAUUCUAAACAUUUUGCCAUGGGGCAGAGAGAAGAAAGUGCAGUUUUAUUGCUGAUCUCAUGCUAUUCUAUACUGUUUGCAAUGAGACUGAGAGAACAUGUUGCUGUUUUAAAGCUAAUUCCCUGCAAUUCUAAACAUUUUGCCAUGGGGCAGAGAGAAAAAAGUGCAGUUUUAUUGCUAGUCUCAUGCUAUUCUAUACUUUUUGCAAUGAGGCUGAGAGGAAAUGUUGCCAUUUGAAAGCUAAUUUCCUGUAUUUCUAAACAAUUUACCAUAGCUUAUGACGUGCUCAUAGGCUAUCUUGGGGCACGUCAUAAACCACUUAUAAACCUUCUACAAACUUUUACAAUCCCUUUUUAAACUCUAAACACAUUUUUAUUUCAAAACAUAAACCCACAUUUUACAUGAUUCUGGAUAUUAGGCUAUUGGACUAUUGAGAUAUUAAAACCUGAUACUUUCAGAAAUAUGUCUCAUCCCAGCAAACAGUGAACGAUCCUAUAAUGCUAGGUAACGUUCCAAUUGAGUCCCAGUUAAGGCCAAUUGGUUUCCAGCUAACGUUAGCAUGACAACAGCCCUGACAUUUUUUUUUAAACCCGGAAAACAUUAUUUGAUAAACAUUAGUAGAAGGACAUGCUGUAAUGCUUAUAAGAACGUUUGGGGAAAUGAUCCAAUGAUGUUUGUUUUCAACGUUUCUAGAAUGUGUUAACUAAAUGUUCAUGAAGAAAACGUAUGGUCAUGUGAUGGGAUAUCCCUGGGGUCAUCCCUGGGAACCUCUGUCAAAGGUGUCCAACCAUUUUAACAUUCUCAAAAUGUCCCCACUAAAGUUUUGGUAAUGUAUAGGUAACCAGUAUUUUUCACCAGAAUAGAGUUGGGUUGUAGUGGUAUUUGUGCUGGUUCAAGCAUGGGGUAGUGUUGGUUCAUAACAUUGAGUUGAGGGAUUACAUGGUCGGAAUGGGGUUUGAUCGUGUCUGGUUGGGUCGAUGGGUGGACAAGGUUACUGGACUAUUCUAGGAUAUGUUAUUUGACUUGCAUAUGUCUCCUCUUGUCCCCUCAUUUCUCUCUCUGUUCUCUUUUUGUAUUUCUGUUGGUUUGCCAGACGCUUUUCAACGUAAUGUGACUAGUCCAAAGUUUGUACCAUGAUAAUGGGGCACUGUGUAAAGCCUCUGGCCACACUGCCCACUCUUAACAAAGACAGUCUGACCGGAACUACAACUCUACUCUGGUUGACACAUGGUUGACCCUGACCUGACCCCUGGCACUUGGUGACAGCUCUUUCUUCUGAUAGCUCUUCUUCUUCAGGCGAGUCAGGGGAUGAGGAUUCUCUGUCAGAGGGGGAGAUGGCUGCUCUGAAGGAAGAGGUGGAGGAGAAGAAGAAGCUGAUAGCCACUCUAAGGAACAAACCGUGGCGCAUGAAGAGGAGGCUUAAACUCCUCAAGUAAACAAAAUGGCCACCACCAUGUGCAUUCCUCCGCCAAUUUCCCAUUGACAGAUUGCCUUCACAUAGGGACUUGAUCUUGCUGUGCUGUUUUCUCUUUUUUUCUAUAACUACAGUACUUUACACAUUCCUUAAGGCUUAUACAAUCACUCAUGUAUCACAUGUGAUGUCAUCUUAUUUAAAAAGAAAAAUUGAAUUAAAGUAUAAUUGUGUCUUUGCUGCUACAUUGCCUGAUCAAAUUUCUUUUUUUGUUGUUGUGUGAAAUCCUUUAAACUACUUUGUGGAACGACAAAGUCGAUAGAUUGUCCAUCACCUUUUGAACUAGUUACGAGUUUUGUGCAUUGGCUUUGCUGAUUGAUGUUCUUUGACCAGCUUCUCACUUGUAUCUCCACAAAAAGAGUGCGUCUCCACUGACCAGUAUUCACCUGUCAUUCACUCUUAAAAGGUUCUACCCAGAACCAUUAUUGGUUCUUCAGUUUUUCACUGUAAAAUAUCCUUUUUAUGGUUCCAGGUAGAACCUUUUAACCAUUUAGAACUUUUUUUUUUUGUAACAGUGUUGGAUUACAUAAAAAAAAAAACAGUUCAGGCUUUAGUAAAGCCUACUGGUCUUCUGCCCUCUGGGAUCUGUGUUGUAGAAACACUGUUUUCCAGCCACAGUUGUGAGCUGGCAGUGGUGAGCACACGUAUAGGUCAUGGCGCAAGCACUGUUACAGCAUUAAGAUAGAUGAGACGCCUUUACUUUUUCAUGAGCUCAACACUGUUUAAUACUUGCAGUUUUGGCUGCCUGUGGCUUGCCAAUUCCCUCUCAUCACUGGUCUUUCCAGGUUGAUAAUCCAUAAACACAUGGCCUCCUCCACAUUUCCCUGUCUAGUCAUUUACUGUCUUGAUUCAUCGAUUGGUUGUUUUUUCAUCUACUUAAUUUAAUCCUGAAUAAUCUGCCUGUUAUAAACUCAAAAAGUUGAUUUAUUGUGAUUGAUACACUUUUUGUUGGUUGAUGGGUCAUCCUUUUUUGUGGGUUUGAAUUGUAGGGAAUGCCAGGUGUUUGUGGAGAAGUUUGAGGGGGCUCUGGGAAAGGGCAAAGGGAGGAAGCUCUACGCCUACAAAGUCAUGAUGGCUAAGGUAACUUUUCCUAGUCCAAAUGUUAACUUUACAACUGAGUCCACAAUCUCGAAGAUUAGUUAUGUCCUACUGAAUCAUCAUGAAUAAUUCACACAAAUUAUGCAUUUAUAACUUCUACUUUAAGACUUAAGUUAUAUGGCACGUAAAAUACAAAUUUAACCCUCUAGAGUCUAAGCCGGGGGACGCGAUGGGGGACGGGGGUUCUAAGCUAACAUAUGGAAUUGUUUUAAGAUGGUCAUACCAAGGAUCAUUUAGCUAUUUGAUUUGGAAUUUUAAGACCCCUUAAGUUAUAAAAUAAAAUACCUCCCGAGUGGCGCAGUGGUCUAAGGCUGUGCCACUAGAGAUCCUGGUAAGAAUCCAGGCUCUGUCGUAGCCGGCCGUGACCGGGAGACCCAUGGGGCGGCGCACAAUUGGCCUAGCGUCGUCCAGGGUAGGGGAGGGAAUGGCCGGCAGGGAUGUAGCUCAGUUGGUAGAGCAUGGCGUUUGCAACGCCAGGGUUGGGGAUUUGAUUCCCAUGGUGGCCAGUAUGAAGAAAAUAUAAUAAUGUAUGCACUCACUAACUGUAAGUCGCUCUGGGUAAGAGCGUCUGCUAAAUGACUAAAAAAACAAACAAAAAACGUUGAAUUUGUCAUGAGCCUCUCACUCCACCGGGUUACCACCUUAAUUUUCUUCCACUCUGCUCACCACUCUCUCUACUCAGCCUAACUAGCUCCACCUGUCCCUGCUCUGCUCUGCUCUAAUUACUCUGCCAGCUGCGCUGCAUUACCCACUACCUCUCCCAGUAUUUAAGGCCCUGUCUUUCAGCUCUCCGGUGUCAGAUCGUCUGCAAAGCUCACACCCGGAACCUGUUUGCUCGCGCUUCUGGCUCACCCUGGUUUUGUGACCCCGGACCUGCCUGAUUUUUGGAUACUCUUCUGCCCCAGGAGAUCCAGACCUGCUUCUGCCAUAACGACUCCUGACUACUCUUCAAUCCCGGUAACUCUGACCAGCCUUCUGCCUUGCUACUACGUAUUUUGGAUUUCCCUUGAACUGUACUGCUGCCUUGUUUCAUUCCGCCCUGUUGUGUCUGUGUCUCCCCCCCCCAGGACUUCUGGACCACCCACCACCGGCUUCAUAGGACGCAUCGCUGCCACUGGGGGGGGCACAGACCCAGCACAUUGGACGGGAUCCCUGUUACCCCUGGAGCCUUCAUUCACACCCUACUUCCCUUUUCCCUUAAGUUUUAAUAAACUUUCUGGUGUGACGCAAUUGUGGUCCUCUGGUCGUCUGUCUGAACCGUGACAGUACGAUCUGACCAUUAUGGACUCAGCGCACACUUUCCCCGACAUGGAAACCGAUGAGCAUGAGCAGCAGUUCCAGCAGCAGCAACAACAACUCGCCAUGAUCAUUCAACUCCUCACCAACCUUACCCCAGCCAGUCUGCCCACCAGCCCUGCCCCCGAGUUACCUGCCCCGGUCAUUGCAGCCGCUGCUCCGGAACCCAAGAUUGGAAACCCCGAGCGGUUCAACGGCGAUUCAACCCAGGUCCGGCCAUUCCUGACUAGCUGCCGACUUCAGUUCUCCUUGCAGCCAAGGACCUUCGCCACGGAGGGGGCUAAAGUUGGGUAUGCCAUCACUCACCUGACGGGCCGAGCUCGACUCUGGGGAACAGCAGAGUUCGAACGUCAAACCCCCGCAUGUGCAACCUUCGACCUGUUUGUUGAGGAGAUGCUGAAGGUGUUUGACCUGGAUUCACCAACCGCAGAGGCGUCUCGUGAACUGUUCAGUAUUCGACAAGGCAGACGUACAGUCGCAGACCAUUCCAUCGACUUCCGAACCCUGGCUAGACGAAGUUCUUGGAACACACCAUCGUUGGUGGACGCGUUCUUCCAUAGUUUGGCUGACUAUAUCAAGGACGAGUUGGUCUCCCAUGAACUGCCUUCCACUCUUGAUGAAGCCAUCGCACUGACUGUCAGGAUCGACAGAAGGAUACAGACCCGUCGUCGUGAGAGGGGGCGCCAAGGUCCACCUACUACCGGCAUUCGGAGAGAUCCGACUGGGCUCCUGUCAUCUACUGCCACUCACCCAGGUCAGCUUGAUCAGUCUGAGCCUAUGGAGAUUGGGCGAGCCUCUCUCACUCCUGCAGAGCGCCAGCGCCGCUUCACCUCAAACCUCUGCCUCUAUUGUGGAGGUGAUGGACAUCGUGUGGUAACCUGCCCUUUAAAGGGCCGAAGCUCACCGGGCAUAGGGGGAGUCCGGUUGAGUUCAAUGACCAUCCAGUCCUCCGACCGCAAACCCCUGCUGCAAGUUCACCUCCGCCUCUCUGACUCAACUCACACCCUGGCUGCUCUGGUGGAUUCUGGCGCCGAAGCCAACAUAAUGGACAUCAAGCUGGCACGCCAACUGGGACUGGAGAACCUCCGUUUGACACCUCCUAUUCCUGCCCGGGCACUGGACGGACACUUACUCGGAUCGGUCACUCAUGUCACGGCCCCGGUCUCGAUGGGUCUGUCCGGAAACCAUCAAGAAACUAUCCAGUUUCACCUGCUCCCCUCUCCAGGCCAACCCCUCAUCCUGGGUUACCCAUGGCUCCGCCGGCACAACCCUCAGCUCGACUGGGUGACCGGGGUGAUCAGGGAGUGGGGAGAGGACUGCCACCGAACCUGCCUGCUUGCUGCCGCACUACCCCCUCGGCCAGUACCUACUAACUCCGCUCCUGACCUCUCCAAUGUCCCAGAAUGCUACCAUGGUCUCAGAGAGGUGUUUAACAAAGCAAGAGCCACAUCUCUGCCCCCUCACCGACCGUACGACUGUGCCAUCGACCUCCUCCCUGGAACAGCCCCUCCAAAGGGUCGUCUUUAUUCGUUGUCUGCUCCUGAAAGAAAGUCCAUGGAGGACUACAUCAAUGGCUCUCUGUCCGCAGGAUUAAUCCGUUCAUCUUCAUCUCCUGCUGGUGCUGGCUUCUUCUUUGUGGGGAAGAAGGACGGAUCUCUUCGCCCCUGCAUCGACUACAGGGGACUCAACGACAUCACAGUGAAAAACCGUUACCCUCUGCCUCUGCUCACCUCUGCUUUUGAGUUGCUCCAGGGAGCCACUGUUUUUACCAAGUUGGAUCUCAGAAACGCUUACCACCUAGUGCGGAUCCGGGAGGGAGAUGAAUGGAAAACCGCAUUCAAUACACCAACAGGCCACUACGAGUAUCUGGUUAUGCCUUUUGGCCUCACCAAUGCUCCUGCUGUGUUCCAGGCUCUUGUGAAUGAUGUACUGCGGGACAUGUUAAACAAGUUUGUCUUCGUUUACCUGGAUGACAUCUUAAUCUACUCCAGAAACCUGUCUGAACACACCCGCCAUGUCCAGCAAGUCCUUCAUCGUCUUCUGGAGAAUUCCCUCUACGCCAAGGCAGAGAAAUGUGAGUUUCACGUCAAGACAGUGGCCUUCCUGGGGUACAUAGUGGCAGAGGGAAGUAUCCAAAUGGAUCCUGCCAAAGUAUCAGCAGUCACUUCAUGGCCAGUUCCGGAGAACAGAAAGAAGCUGCAACAGUUUCUGGGGUUUGCUAACUUCUAUAGAAAGUUUAUCCGGAACUACAGUACCGUUGCUGCCCCUCUCACUGCUCUAACCAGCACCAAGCAACCCUUCACCUGGACCCCAGCAGCCGACAAAGCCUUCAGUACCCUCAAGGUGAGGUUCACCUCCGCUCCCAUCCUCCAGAUGCCUGAUGUGGACCGGCAAUUCAUUGUGGAGGUGGACGCCUCGGAUGUGGGAGUUGGUGCUGUGAUUUCUCAGUGGGCUGCGGAGGAUAGGAAGCUCCAUCCCUGUGCCUUUUUCUCACGUCGGUUGUCCCCCUCUGAGUGCAAUUACGACAUAGGGAACCGUGAGCUGCUGGCUGUGAAGCUUGCCUUGGAGGAGUGGCGUCACUGGCUGGAGGGGUCCACCGUUCCAUUUCUCGUUUGGACCGAUCAUAAGAACUUGGAGUACAUCCGCACGGCCAAACGGUUGAACUCCAGGCAGUCCCGCUGGGCCCUGUUCUUCACCAGGUUUAAUUUCACUCUGUCAUACCGGCCUGGAUCACGCAACACCAAGCCAGACGCCCUCUCCCGUCAAUUCCAGAAGGAUGACACCCCCUCCAAGGACCCUGUGUCGAUUCUGCCAAGUCCCUGCAUCGUUGCAGCUCUGACCUGGGCUGUUGAGGAACAGGUGCUGGAGGCUCUCCGUAACCAGCCAGGUCCCAGCACUUGCCCAGCUGACCGCCUUUUUGUCCCCGAAGACCUGAGGUCCCAGGUCGUUCAGUGGGGACAUGACUCCCGCCUAGCUUGUCACCCUGGCUCCACCCGCACUUACAACCUGCUCGCCCAGAGGUUCUGGUGGCCCUCUCUGAGAAAGGAUGUACGGGAAUUCGUCCAAGCCUGCCCCAUCUGCAACCAACACAAGUCGUCCUGCCAGCCCCCAGCCGGAUUGCUGCAGCCCCUGCCUGUGCCCAGACGUCCCUGGUCUCACAUCGCCCUUGACUUUGUCACGGGGCUGCCCCCUUCAAGUGGCAUGACCGUCAUUCUCACCAUAGUUGACCGUUUCAGCAAGAUGGCACACUUCAUUCCCCUCCCCAAGCUCCCAACCGCCAAGGAGACCGCCCAGGUGGUCCUGGAACACGUCUUCCGGAUCCACGGACUGCCAAGGGAUGUAGUUUCUGACCGUGGUCCACAAUUCUCCUCCGCUUUUUGGAAGGAGUUCUGUCACCUGCUGGGAGCCACAGUCAGUCUGACUUCCGGAUUCCAUCCCCAAUCCAAUGGGCAGUCAGAGCGGGCUAAUCAGGAGCUCGAGAAGGCACUGCGAUGCAUGACUUCACGCAACCCCCACUCCUGGUCGCAGCAAUUGACAUGGGUGGAGUACGCACACAAUUCUCUGACCUGCUCUGCCAUCGGUAUGUCCCCUUUCCAAUGUGUUUAUGGAUACCAGCCUCCUCUAUUUGCCAGCCAGGAAGAGGAGGUUACUUGCCCAUCUGCACUUGCUUUUGCCCGUCGAUGUCGCCGCACCUGGUCACAAGCCCGAGCCACACUCCUCAGAUCCAUUGCCAGCUACACUACCGGGGCCAACCGUCGGAGAAUUCCUGCUCCCACCUACCAUGUUGGUCAAAGGGUGUGGUUGUCAUCGAAGAACCUGCCACUCAGGGUGGAGUCGCAGAAGCUGGCACCUCGGUUCAUUGGCCCAUUCCCUAUCAUAAGAGUGAUUAGCCCAACUGCUGUCCGGCUCCAACUGCCUAAUUCCCUGAGGGUGCACCCCACUUUCCAUGUGUCUAAGAUUAAGCCCAUCCAUGAGAGUCCGCUGGUCCCUGCUGCGCCUUGUCCUCCUCCUCCACGGCUCGUCGAUGGUGGUCUGGUUUACACCGUCCGCCGCCUGCUUCGGUCCAGACGGAGGGGUAGGGGUCUCCAGUACCUCAUUGACUGGGAGGGCUAUGGACCUGAGGAAAGGACCUGGGUGCCAGCUAGUCGGAUUGUGGAUAGGACUCUCAUCACCGCUUUCCACCAACGGCAUCCUGAUCAACCUGCAAUCCGUAGGGGCCGCCCCAGAGGGGUCCCUAACCGUCCUGCCCGCUCGGCUUCCUGUCCUGUGCCUGAUCCUGUCUCGGGACCUGUCCCAUCUCCCGACCACGGCCCUCCGGCUUCCUCCGAGGAUGAGGACGUUCACUCGGACCGUUCGGAGGAGUUCUAGCCCUCCUCCGGCUCCCCUCCUCCCGCCCGGCGUGGUGUUGCUCUUGGGACUUCUGGGGCCGUCCCUUGGGGGGGGGGUUCUGUCAUGAGCCUCUCACUCCACCGGGUUACCACCUUAAUUUUCUUCCACUCUGCUCACCACUCUCUCUACUCAGCCUAACUAGCUCCACCUGUCCCUGCUCUGCUCUGCUCUAAUUACUCUGCCAGCUGCGCUGCAUUACCCACUACCUCUCCCAGUAUUUAAGGCCCUGUCUUUCAGCUCUCCGGUGUCAGAUCGUCUGCAAAGCUCACACCCGGAACCUGUUUGCUCGCGCUUCUGGCUCACCCUGGUUUUGUGACCCCGGACCUGCCUGAUUUUUGGAUACUCUUCUGCCCCAGGAGAUCCAGACCUGCUUCUGCCAUAACGACUCCUGACUACUCUUCAAUCCCGGUAACUCUGACCAGCCUUCUGCCUUGCUACUACGUAUUUUGGAUUUCCCUUGAACUGUACUGCUGCCUUGUUUCAUUCCGCCCUGUUGUGUCUGUGUCUCCCCCCCCCAGGACUUCUGGACCACCCACCACCGGCUUCAUAGGACGCAUCGCUGCCACUGGGGGGGGCACAGACCCAGCACAUUGGACGGGAUCCCUGUUACCCCUGGAGCCUUCAUUCACACCCUACUUCCCUUUUCCCUUAAGUUUUAAUAAACUUUCUGGUGUGACGCAAUUGUGGUCCUCUGGUCGUCUGUCUGAACCGUGACAGAAUUGGCAUUACUGCUAUUAGCCAAUAUAAACGCAUUGAAUGACAGAUUCACUACAUGGAACAACAGAUAGUCCCCCAAAAAAUCUAAAGGAAGUUUGUUCUGAAGUGUCUGUCCUAUAUCUGAGAGAUAUAUAUAUUUUUUUACAUGUAUUUAUCCCCUUAUUUCAGGCACUAAAUUACAGUAUCUACAUCUUCCAUUCUUUUUUCUGUUACGAUUUUGUCUCAUCACUGCAUCUCCCCAACGGGCUUGGAAGAGGCGAAGGUCAAGUCAUGCAUCCUCCGAAACAUGACCCGCCCACUUAACCUGGAAGCCAGCUACACCAAUGUGUCAGAGGAAACACUGUUCAACUGAUGUGAGCCUGCAGGUGCCCGGCCCACCACAAGGAGUCGCUAGAGCGCGAUGAGCUGAUAUCUCUAGCUUAAACAGACAGAUUUUGAUGGGGAUUUUUUUGUUAUGUUCAUUAGAUUUCCGCGGGAGCACAUAAAUUGUAGGCUAAGGGUUGAAUCAUAAGGGCACCAUAAUCUUCAUGAUUUGUCAUAACCAUAAUGACAUUAGCAGGAUGUUUGUUGCCCUCAUCAGUCACAAUCUGGUAUGACAAUCAGGAACUAUACAGUCCUUCUGUGAUAAACUUAUAUUUUCAAAUAUUCUCUCUUAACCUUUUUUGUUUCAGAAAAUGAUCAAGUUCAACCGUGACUUUGACAAUUUCAAAACAGCCUGCAUUCCAUGGGAAAGAAAGAUUAAAGAGGUUGAGAGUGGGUACCAUUAUCUAAAGCUAUGAGUUACUGUCUCGUUCAUGUCAUGUAGUUCUAUCUAUUCAUCAUGUUUGAACUCUAACCCUCAGGUCACUUUGGGUCAUCUGUGGCUUCCUACUUCAUCUUCUUGCGGUGGAUGUACGGUCUAAACCUGGUCCUGUUUGGGUUAAUGUUUGGUCUUGUUGUUCUCCCAGAGGUGAGCAGAUUUUUACCUUCAGCACAUAGUCCAUUGUUUUGCAAACUGUUUGCAGUACAUUUGGUCAGCACAUGGAGAGAUAUCAAAGGAGGGACUCACUGUCUAAUAUUUACCCACUUAUCCCCACUUCCCUUUCAUUUUUCCUUUCUUUCUGUCCGGAGGUGAUGAUGGGUCUUCCGUAUGGGUCUAUACCCAGGAAAACUGUUCCCAGAGCGCAGCAGGCCAAAGCCAUGGACUACUCCGUCCUCCUUGAUUUUGAAGUGAGGAUCUUUGGAGUGACACAUUACACAACUGCCUUGUGAUGCCAUAUUUAGACACCUUGUUUAGUUUACUUAAGGUUCAGGUUUAUUUCAUAUGAUUGUACAUAUGAAAAGAACAUACAUAAAAUGUGAUGUCAUACAGUACUAACUUGUCAAUUUUCAUUUUUUUUACUAGUCUGUAUAAAAAACAAAACAAAACAAAUAUAUAUAUACAGUGGGGAGAACAAGUAUUUGAUACACUGCCGAUUUUGCAGGUUUUCCUACUUACAAAGCAUGUAGAGGUCUGUAAUUUUUAUCAUAGGUACACUUCCACUGUGAGAGACGGAAUCUAAGAAAAUCCAGAAAAUCACAUUGUAUGAUUUUUAAGUAAUUAAUUUGCAUUUUAUUGCAUGACAUAAGUAUUUGAUCACCUACUAGAAUUCCGGCUCUCACAGACCUGUUAGUUUUUCUUUAAGAAGCCCUCCUGUUCUCCACUCAUUACCUGUAUUAACUGCACCUGUUUGAACUCGUUACCUGUAUAAAAUACUAUUAGUAACACACCAUGCCGUCAUGGAUAAAAAUCCUGCAGCGCACGCAAGGUCCCCCUGCUCAAGCCAGCGCAUGUCCAGGCCCGUCUGAAGUUUGCCAAUGACCAUCUGGAUGAUCCAGAGGAGGAAUGGGAGAAGGUCAUGUGGUUUGAUGAGACAAAAAUAGAGCUUUUUGGUCUAAACUCCACUCACCAUGUUUGGAGGAAAAAGAAGGAUGAUUACAACCCCAAGAACACCAUCCCAACCGUGAAGCAUGGAGGUGGAAACAUCAUUCUUUGGGGAUGCUUUUCUGCAAAGGGGACAGGACGACUGCACCGUGUAGAGGGGAGGAUGGAUGGGGCCAUGUAUUGCGAGAUCUUGGCCAACAACCUCCUUCCCUCAGUAAGAGCAUUGAAGAUGGGUCAUGGCUGGGUCUUCCAGCAUGACAACGACCCGAAACACACAGCCAGGGCAACUAAGGAGUGGCUCCAUAAGAAGCAUCUCAAGGUCCUGGAGUGGCCUAGCCAGUCUCCAGACCUGAACCCAAUAGAAAAUCUUUGGAGGGAGCUGAAAGUCCGUAUUGCCCAGCGACAGCCCCGAAACCUGAAGGAUCUGGAGAAGGUCUGUAUGGAGGAGUGGGCCAAAAUCCCUGCUGCAGUGUGUGCAAACCUGGUCAAGACCUACAGGAAACGUAUGAUCUCUGUAAUUGCAAACAAAGGUUUUCUGUACCAAAUAUUAAGUUCAGCUUUUCUGAUGUAUCAAAUACUUAUGUCAUGCAAUAAAAUGCAAAUUAAUUACUUUAAAAUCAUACAAUGUGAUUUUCUGGAUUUUUGUUUUAGAUUCCGUCUCUCACAGUUGAAGUGUACCUAUGAUAAUAAUUACAGACCUCUACAUGCUUUGUAAGUAGGAAAACCUGCAAAAUCGGCAGUGUAUCAAAAAUGUGUUCUCCCAACUGUAUAUAACCAUUUUAUAAAUGGUAUAAUUGUGUGAUAUGAUAGCAUUCUGCAAACCCAAUCCCCCCCCCCCCCCCCCCCCCCCCAAAGCUGAUGAAUGGUUUCACUACAUGCUCCACUGCUUUGAUUGGUGUAACGUUAGUUAGAAACCACAAUUCAAGGAACUUGUAGUUUGCAGCGCGCAUGAUCAUCAGCAAAGACAUUGUAGCCUAUCAUUUCAAUGAAUAUUUAAAUUUGUGAAUAUGUAUAAGUAGCCUUCAUCAUUCCUCGGACAGGAAAUGGUGUCGAAAUAGGGGCGGCAACUUCUUCAGGGGGGGUCCUUUAAAGUGUUACACAUUUUCAGUACAUCAAUUGUACUUGUCACUGUCAGCUUUAUUUGGGAUGGAUGACUUGCAUAUAAACAUUAUUAUUUUUGUUAAUUUCAACAGGGCUACUGCAAGUACUCUAUUAUGUUCUAUGGCUACUAUAAUGACGAACGCACCAUCGGACUCCUCCAGUUCAGACUGCCACUGUCCUACCUACUGGUCGGUGUUAGCAUCUUCGGCUACAGCCUGAUGGUAGUCAUUAGAACGUGGGUAAAACACACAUGUGCACACAGUAAAUACAUACUAAUCCACAUACACACAAACAGUAUCUGAAAUAUUGAUGCCAGCAACCCUCCUGUUGCCAUCUCACUCCCUCUAACAUCCCCUCUCAGUAUGGCCCGUAACUCGGAUGAGGGAGGAGACGGUGGGGACGAUGGACAGUUUACCUUCACCUUUAAAAUGUUCACCAGCUGGGAUUACCUCAUCGGGAACCCAGAGACAGCUGACAACAAGUAUGCCUCCAUCACCACCAGCUUUAAGGUAAACGCAGAAGCAGCUAACACUUAGGCCUAUCCAUAGCUAGUAGACCGACCUUCUACUAUCUUGGCACAAGAUCCUGUUGUUUAUGACAUAACUUUGUUCUACAGAUAUCCCUUGCUCUUAUCUUAAAGAAUCUUAAAUCUCCCAAGAAUCCAUGUACUACAUGUAUGGGCCUAUACACUUACUAUCUUCAACCAUAGUAUCCUCUGUGUUUCUCACUAAUCGACUGUUCUCGGUAGGAAUCCAUAGUAGACGAACAGGAGAAUCAGAAGGAUGAGAACAUCCACUUGCGGAGGUUCCUGCGGGUUCUAGCCAACCUUUUCAUUCUCUGCAGCCUGGGGGGCAGCGGCUUCCUCAUCUAUUUUGUGGUCAAGAGGUCUCAGGACUUUGCAAAACUAGAUCAGAAUACGCUCUCCUGGUAUGAAAAGAAUGAGGCAGGUUGACUUGUUAUGAUCAGAUACAUGCUGUGUUAUGGUUAAUCUAGUCAAAAGGAGUGAGCCAGAAAUGUACAUUUGGUGUUUGUCCGGUUUUCUUCAGUUAUAGGUUGUUAUGCUAUUAUCUGGGUUGUCAUGAUAGUCAUCAUUAUAACAUUUAUAACAAUAUAUAUCAUACCACACUUUGGUUACACUUAAUAACUUUCAUGAAUAAGCCACUAAAAAUGAUUACAUGUUUAUAAUGGAUAUGAUACAUGUAAUACAUUUUUAUGAAUGUAAUGCUUAUAAUGCUUAUAUAUUAAUUUAUUGCCUAUAAUGAUUAUAAAUGCUAAUAAAUCUUUACAAAUAAUGAUAUUCUCAUUUAAUAAUAGUACAUUAAUUAUUUAAUGCUUAUUCAUUAAAGUGUUUUUCCAGUCUUCAUCCUGGUGAUUGGUUGUGUUUUACUUUCCAGGUGGAGAUUGUGAUGUCACUGCUGGGGCUGGUGUGCCCCCCUCUCUUUGAGACUAUCGCUGAGCUGGAGGAGUACCACCCUCGUAUCGCCCUCAAGUGGCAGCUGGGCCGCAUCUUUGCCCUGUUCCUCGGGAACCUCUACACCUUCCUGUUUGCCCUGUUUGACGAUGUCAACGAAAAGGUACCAGACAAUGUGUCAGUGUCAUGUACCUGCAAAUGCAUGUUUGUGUGUUUAUUCACCUGUGUGUGUGUUCAGUACAUAUUGUAUGAAUGUAUAUUUUACUUACUCACCUGAACCUGUCUUUGUGUGUUAACAUGUGUACAGUUGGAACAGGAGAAGUAUAUUAAGAAUGCCACUAUCUGGGGUCUGAAUGAGUACUAUGCCAACUACAGCUCCUACCACAACACUACUGACAUCCCCCCUCCAGACAUCCCUCCUGCUGAUGUCAUCAGAGGGCCGUGUUGGGAGACCGACGUUGGCAUAGUGAGGAUUACCCACUUUUUUCCUUCGUUUUCCCUUUAUUACUAAACAUAGCAGUGGCAGACGUCACCGUUUUUUGUUAUUUUGUUUUUCCUCCUGGGUUUUCCUCCACCUGACCUGAGCACCCCAUAGUGUUCCCGCCAUUGUGUACCAGCGAUGAGACUGAGGCUGUGUGACAUGCUGGGUGUUUCAUGUUUAGUUUUCUUUCUGUGCUGUAUCUCUAGGAGUUUGUGAAGCUCACCGUCUCUGACAUCCAGGUGACAUAUCUGACCAUCCUCAUUGGUGACUUCGUGCGAGCCGUGAUCGUGCGUUUCCUCAACUACUGCUGGUGCUGGGACCUGGAGGCUGGAUUUGUACGUGCUAGGCUAUCAAAGCAGAACAGAACUACUGUUCUACUGUGUGUGUUCCCAUUUUAUUGUAAGACUUUUUGGUAGCACUUUACAUUACAGUAUGGGAUAAAGUGGUAAUAACAUGUAUGGUAGUAUGGUAACAAGGUAUAGUUGCUCACUAUCAAUACAUUCCAGCACUACCAUAUUGUUCUUUAAUUUGUUUUUCUUUGCUUAUUGUAUGUGUGAGUACAUUCUGUGUUUGUUCCAAGUAAACUUGAUACCACACAGCGACGUCUGGCAAGAUAGGUGAUCCUUCACAUUCACAAUGACACAGGACACUGACCUGGGAAGUGAAUUACUGUGAGAGAGAAAGAGGGAGAGAGAAAAGGGGGACAAUGACGACGCGUGAACAGAAUUACGUUUACAUUAUUUAUAUCAUGCAUUGCACUAUUUAAAAAAAAAAAUAUGUGAUUCUAGCCGUCUUAUGGAGAGUUUGACAUCAGCGGCAACGUGCUUGGAUUAAUCUUCAAUCAAGGAAUGAUUUGGUGAGUAAAUAUGAGACACCACAUAAACCAUCAACACAUUUCCACACACCCUGUAAGUUGUGUUUAUCACAUAUUUCUGUAUCUGUGUUUGUUUCAGGAUGGGUGCAUUCUACGCCCCUGGCCUGAUAGGGCUGAACGUCCUGCGUCUCCUCUCCUCCAUGUACUACCAGUGCUGGGCCGUGAUGUGCUGUAACGUUCCCCAUGAGAGGGUCUUCAAGGCCUCCAAAUCCAACAACUUCUACAUGGGCCUCCUGCUUCUGGUGCUCUUCCUCAGCCUUCUGCCCGUGGUUUUUACCAUAAUGACCCUGCCGCCCUCCUCCGACUGUGGCCCCUUCAGGUGUCUCUCAUGCACACACAUACGCACGCACACACACAAACUAGGCACACAUCUAAUGCUGGUCUCUUGUCUGCUAGCGGAAGGGCGCAAAUGUAUGAUGUUGUCAUGGAGACUAUAGAGAAGGACCUACCAGCGUUCAUUGGUAAUAUCUUCACCUACGCAACUAAUCCUGGUCUGAUUAUACCAGCAGUGCUGCUGAUGGUGUAUGUACACACACACGCGCGCGCACACACACACACACGCACACACACACUAAAGCAACACACAUAUGGUCAUAGUAACAUACACAUGCUCAUCAUAACAAGAGCUCUGUGAUCCUAUGUCAGGUUGGCCAUCUACUAUCUGAAUGCGACCUCCAAAAACUAUCAAAAUGCCAACCUGGACCUGAAGAGGAAGAUGCAAAUGGUAAAUGAGCAUGAGCAACUGAACUGCCGUCUCAGGACUUUCAUCCUAUACUGUAAAUUAUGACAUGUUAUUCAGUACUGUAAGUUAAAUGCAUGUAUAGAAUACUGAUGUGGUGUGUGAAUAUGAAUGCAGCAACACCAACAGUAUCAUCUGCGGUUGUGUUUAGGCUAGAGAUGAGGAGAAGAACCGGAGGAACAACAAGGAGAGUACCAACCAG